CCCAUUUGCGGACGUUGCGGAGAGAAGUUUCAGACGUCAGUUGAAGGAGAGGCUCGGAAGCGUACGGGUGCCAAAGGGGAAGAACAAAAAGCAAGACAUGCAGAUAUAUUUCAUCUCCGUCGCCUUCGCUGUGUUCAGCUGCGCGUCAGCAGGGACGAUCCCAGAGGCAAAUGCAUACAUAGACACAGUUCUGGAUCAUUACCUACCACCCCUCGUGCGGAGCACACGUGACCUAUACCCGAACGUAGCAAUUCCAGACUUCCGUUUUAAGAUCCUGAAAACUGGCAUCACGAAUCGUGACCUGAAGGUUAAUAUUACCGACGCCGGCAUCCAUGGCUUCGACGAAGGUAUCCACCGCUUGGGAAACUGUGAGAACCCAAUGCUGGUCGACGGAAACACCACCGUCAACUGCGUGCUCAACAUGACUGGCAUCGGCGCCACCCUCACUGCCACGACCAAAGGCGACACCCUUGUGGGUACGAUCAAGACCAUAUGGGUCAACGUGACCUUGAAGAAGGAAACCGUACUGAAGGUGUCCAUCACAGCGCUGCCACAGAGACCACCGUCCUUGCAGACUUUCUUCAUGGAGAACCUCAAGCUCAAGACGAAGUACGACGAUAACCUUAGCUUAAACGAGGAUAGAGAGGACCAGUUCGAGGAUCUAAUUGAGGAAAAGGUCAAGGACUUCCUCAUCAUCGCAGUCUACAACCCUUAUAAGGCAGUGUUCGACAGAGCAGUUCAACUGGCCUAUCAAGCUUUCCCGCGCGCCUAAACAAUGAAGCCCUAGCUGUUUUCCAAGUUAUGAACUUCCACAGUGUUCGAUUUCAGUUUUUUAAGUGUUGUGUAAUCUUUUCACAUAGUAAUGAACACUAAACUUUGAACAAAUGACCAGUCAUAUUUGCUUUUCUGUUGUUACACAUACUCUGGGAAACAUAAAGAAUAGGACGGGAAGACACGAUGUACUCACUACUGUCGGCACGACGCCGGCAAGAAGAAUAGCAACAAGAACAAAGGCGGUCAAGGAGCUGUAAAUAUUUUUUAUUCACAACAACCACAUGAAGCCAUCAUAUAACGAAGUGAAGGAAAUCGAGGAGAAAAUUACGCGUUUUUGAAUUGUACACUGUGGAAAUAAUAAAGAGCUUUCGUAAGAUA